GUUUUUUUUUUCUCUUCCAGAGCUGAGUUGGAGUUAUGGCCUUUGUGUUGAGUCAACCUAACCAUGGGUCUCACAGCCUGGUAGUGUGUGGGUGCUACUACUAACAGAAAGGAACAUGGCAUUUGGGCCAUGUCUGGCAUGACGAUGAACAUGUUUAAGGUUGAGUCGGACUACAUUAACUGCACCAUCAGCCAUGAGAUCCACCAGUACCUGUUUUCUGGAGCCUACAUCCUGGUCCUUCUGAUUGGCGUGCCCACCAACGCCUUCUCCCUCUACCACGCCUGGCUGCAGCUGAGAGCCAAGAACGAGCUGGGGGUCUACCUGCUCAACCUGACCAUAUCGGACCUCCUCUACCUGGCCUCGUUGCCUCUCUGGCUGCAGUACAUCUUCCAGGGAGAUGACUGGAGCCAAACGGAGUGGCUGUGCCAACUGUGUGGCUUCCUGCUCUAUGAAAACAUCUAUAUUAGUAUAGGGUUCUUAUGUUGUAUCUCUAUAGACCGUUACCUGGCCGUGGUGUACCCGUUCCACUUCACAGCAUUCCGGAGCAUGCGGGCGGCUACAUUGGCCAGUGCGUUCAUCUGGUUGAAAGAGAUUGCCGUGGGCGUGGUCUUUUUCAGACACAAGGAACUAAGCACUGACCGCACCAACCAAUCGGUUUGCUUUGAGCACUACCCCAUGCAACCAUGGGAGUACCCAAUUAACUACUACCGUUUCUCCGUUGGCUUCCUGUUCCCCCUGGGCAUCCUGUCCGUGUCGUAUUUCAGAGUCCUGCGGGCAGUCAGGAAGAGCACUGGCACUCAGAGUGCCCAGAAGACCCGCAUCAAGCACCUGGUGACCAGCACUAUCGUCAUCUUCCUGGUAUGUUUCUCUCCGUACCACGUGUUCCUGUUGCUGCGUACAGUCUUUGAGAGGGACUGCGCCUUCAUCAUCAGUAUCUUCAACUACUAUCACUUCUCCCUGCUGCUCACCAGCUUCAACUGUGUGGCCGACCCGGCGCUGUACUGCUUCGUCAGUGAGAGCGCCCAGCAGGGGCUCCAGCAGGCCCAGGAGGCCUGUACCCAGGCCCUCUGCUGCAGCUGCCACAGGGGACAGCACAGCCCUGUUACCGCCACCACCACGGGGACAGACUCCAACGAGGUGGCCACCUCCAACGAGAAGGGGACAACAACAGUCACACCGCUGACACAGAACCAGAUGAUUUAGCAGUAAUAUAAAUAAUACAUGGGUUUUAUAAAGUUCUUUGGAAGGACCUAAAGAUGCUUGAAUAGUAGUCUAGGAGUUGGAACCAGAUUUGGAUAAGAGGGAUGGUGGGAAAAAUAAUAGUGACAGUGACAUGGAACAUUCUGCAAUGAGAUGUCAUAAAAAAAAGUGUUAUAGCAGUGCUACAACAGUGUUAUAAGGUAAUGUUUUUUGUUUUUAAUUUUACAACGCUUUCUUUUGAGAGUUUUGAUUUCAAAACUAUCUCUAUACAGGCUAGCAAAUUUCUUCCUGUAACAUUUUGUUUCUAUCUCUCAUCACAUUAUUUAAUAUUCAUUCUCAGGGUUUUAAAUCCCAGACGGUGAUUUCAGGAGUGACUGACUUCAUACCUAUCAGCACAGAUCAGACAUAUCAACACGUGACCUAAUUUAUCUCUAUCGUAGGUCCUCUAGGAUUCGUGGGUUAGAUUCUUGCUGCUCAAUAUCUGUGAAUCGCUCCCAUUUCAGGGGUAUGUAAAGGAUUCCUCAACUUAGCUCAGAUUCAUAAAUGACAUUGUGUGUAGAGCAUAAACAAAAAUACAUACAAACAGUGAGCUCCAAAAGUAUUGGGGCAGUGACAAUUUCUGUUGUUUUGGUUCUGUAAUUCAGCACUUUGGAUUUUAAGUCAUACCCCACCAAAAAUGCUAACCUCCCCAGUUAUUGUAAUGGUGAGAGGUUAGCAUGUCGUGGGGGUAUGAUAUUUAUGCCUCUAACUUUCUCUCUAAUCAUUAUUCAUGAUUCAUUCAGGUUUAUCUGUAAUCAUGGUUGCAUCCACAUUAAUGUAAGUGUUAAGAAACCUAUUCUAUUCUUAUUUACAAUAAAAGUGACUCCAAAAGGACACAUUAUUUACCAUUCAUUUCUAUUGGGCAGUGCCCCUGUGACAACAAUUUUGGACCCCCUUGUGGCCCCCCUAAAUGUGGAAUAUGAAAUAAUUUUUACAUAAGUAAUUUUUUCUAUUGUUCUUAUUUUUACAUCCUUUAUUAGACAGUGGUGAUGAUGAUUAUGAACUUGGUCUUUUGCCUGCUAAUGCCUGCAAUGCAGUGAAGAAAACGAUAUGACAACAAUAACGUCUAAUGUAACUGGCCCCUCUAACAGUACAACUGGCCCCAGCUUGGCCCCCCCAGUUGAAAUGGUCUAGAACCGCCACUGUUGGGCACAAAAUAAUCUGAAACACAUUCAAAACAAAUAGCAAAUGCAUCCAACAAGUUUAUACAGUUACAAUCUUAAUGUAGUAAAGAUGUGCUAGGAAUAUUGGACCAAAUACAUCACUUUUUACUACUUUAUUACAGAUAUAAGUAAAUUUGUCCCCUGAAAUGGGGCUACUAUGUACAAAAAGUGCUGUAAUUUCUAAACGGUUCACCUGAAAAGGAUGGAUGAAAAUGCCCUCAAAUUUAAGCUGACAUUCUGCUCUUUAACCUCCAUAGUCAUUGCAUCCUUUCAAAUCCAAAGUCCUGGAGUACAGAGCCAAAACAACAACAAAUGUGUCACUGUCAUAAUACUUUUGGAGCUCACAUAAAUGCAUACAUACAUACAUUGGUUAAGAGCCUUAACAUUUAAAAUGAAUGAAUUUCUGUUAUGUUGUUUUUGUGCAUCUCUGGUGAUGUCUAUUGAUUCCCGGGUCAUUUCAUGUGUAUCUGAACUAUUGCCGUUCAAGCAGGCAGAAAUACAGCCAGUAUGACAAGUUAUGCAUCAUUUAAAUCUUAAACUUGAUUUCUGACAUGCACAACAUUUGGUGACUCUAUCAACAGUGGACCAAUUAAACAAAUACCAAAAGAUAGAUUUUAAGUGGAUUAUUCUAGCUGAGUCAAGCUCAGUAGUACCCCAGAGGUCCUGACUUACUUGACUUCUUUGUGGAGCAUAGGUCAAUCACAAUGUUCUCCACCGCAUUCUCUUUCCCAGGGGCCUGCCCUGCCUCUAUUAAGGAUGUCUUAGUUGGAAGAGCACCAUGACGCCCCCAUCCCCUCUCCCAUUCCCAUGUCUCCCCAGGCUGUGUCCUGGCCACACAGCCUGAGUAUUUCCAGGUUAAACAACCCACAUGAGGACCAGCACAGCUGACCUCUCACCUUUCACACACUGCACAGAUUUUCUGCUGCAUGUUUCCCCUCCUUACAUUGGUAUUUUUACUUCUUUAAGUACCAGAUCUUCCCAAAGCAGAAGGACAUAGGAAAAGAGGAAUUUCAAUGGUGAAUGAGGCAGUUGUAAAUCACCUAAGGAUGAUGAUGAAUUGGAACAUGUAAGGCAAACAUACAGAGAUAUUCAGAGCUCCUAAAUCAUGGGUGAAUAACUUCAUACAGUAGGAGACUGUGUAACAAUAGUGUUGACUCAUACAUCGCUAUCAGCCCAAAAGAAAACGCAAGGAAAUACACAUUUACUGCAGGGUCUCUAAUGGUAUCAAAUGUAAUAUUUGUUCAAAUAUUGUAUAUGUAUGUGUAUGCAUGUCACUUUAACCACACAAUAAGAACAUAUGAUAUAUCUGUAGAGUAAUGUUCAAAGUCUAUUUUUGUAGAUAUGUCUUAACCAAUUCAUGGGUUUAAUGUUAUCUUGUUGACUUCUUGCUAUUUGAAAGAUUUGCUUUGUGACCAUGUGGUCUUGCUUGACGUUAGCAGUGACACUGUAUUCAGUGAUGCAGGAAAUGCAUUCUUGUUGCGUAGGAUAGUUGCUGUUACAUGACUUUUAUUCUACAUCUGCUGAAGUUAUGAACCCUUGCUGUUUUUCUUUUCAUUUGGUCUUAUUGGAAAUGUUCUCAGCAGAUCUCUCAUAUUUACAACAUCAAUAUUAAAAUGCUGCCAUAA